AUGGCCCACAUGUUUCCCGACGUUGUUGCGAAGACUGAAUGGGCGAAACCGGAAAAGUUGACUGCGAAAAUUGCCGGCGUUGCUCCAAGAUCCUUGAAAAGGGCUGUGAAGUCAGCUGGGAGCACUCCACAGCGACGUCGCCGAAACGUUAAAACUCGUCAAGAACAGUACGAGACAGCUCUGCAAAACUUCGACCUCGGCGAAAGAAAUUAUAUCACUGAACUGAUGACCAAGGCCUUCGACGAAGAAACCUACGUCAACAUCGAUUAUAUAGCUGAUAAACUUCGCGAAGAAAAGCCAGGGAUUUUUUUUUGGAAAACAACUCUUUUCAGAGUUUUACGUGCGAUGGGUUACUCCUAUAAAAAAAGGAAUUCAAUCCUCAAAUUUUUGAACGGCCCGAUCUUCGACACUGGCGAAGGAACUAUUUGA